AUGGAUGAUCAAUUGAGACAGUUUUUAUUCCUGCUUCCAUGGCAAUACAACUUUCACUACAGUAACAACGUCAGCAAGGAAAUCAGAAAACUUUUAUUCUUAUCAGCUACAAGUAAUGGGAAAUACCUUGAUCGAAUAUUUACAAAGCUAUCAAACCCGAUAGGACAGCUUGAAAAAGAUCUAGAUUGGAAAUUAUCCGAAUAUGUGAAAUUACUCGUUGCAGCAAAACACGGACCCGAGGUGCAAGAACAUUUCGCUUCCCAUCCUAAUCGACCAUGCUCGAGAGUCUUCAGACGUGGAGAACCGAUUAUACGAUGCCUAACCUGUGCUUACGACCAAUCCUGUGCUCUAUGCUCAUACUGUUACCAACCAUCGGAGCACGAGGGGCAUGCCAUAGUUACUCAGAUCUGCGUCCGUGAAAAUGGCGGAGUAUGUGAUUGCGGAGACCCAGAGGCUUGGAAAGCGUCGAGUAAGUGUGUUUAUGCAACAAGUGAUCUUGAAGAUUUUAAAGAUUCACUACCGAUGGAUUUUCAAAAAGCUCUAGAGAUCACAUUUGGGGUCGUUUUAGACUUUCUCAUCGAUGUGUCGAUCAACUGUGAUAUGCACUUUACUCCUCCACUGGAAGUGAAUUCAAUCACCGUGCAACAAAAUUUUGAGUCUAGUACACUAGAUCCUCACAAAUAUGGGAUGUGCUCUGAUCACUUUUCCGAUAAGAGUAAUGAUAAAUUUCACCUUCAGUUGUACAACGACCAGGUGAGACAUUUCAGAGAUGCCGUACAACGGGUUCGUUUAUCAAGUCAGAAAUCUCAAGAGUUUGCCAAUAUGGUAACGGAGCGGGUGCACAGUUUCGGGAAAGCAGAGGUGAUAGCAUCGAAGGAUAUUAGCGCUCUCUUGGAGAGUCAGAAAGUAUUGAGUGCUACUGGACUAGCAUCGUCUAUUCGAAGCGAGAGAGAAAUUUUCCGAGAAGCAAUGUGCCAUGAGAUGAUUGUCUGGCUCAGCGAAGUCGCCGAGUGUGAAUUUUUCAGACUUAGCCUUACAGCUGAGAACAUACUCGCGCGUGCAUUUUGUGAAAAGUGGCGGCCAGGGUUGCUAAGUAAACCAAAACAAAAGCAAGGUGGAAAUCACAGAGCUGGCGUUUUGGGGGAAGGUUUUCAAAUUCCGAAAUUAUGCAGUGAAAAGCAUUGCACUCUUUGGCUCAAAGAUGACACCGAAUAUAUAACAAAGGUCUGCAACUCUUGUGGAAGGGAUGUCACAGCUUCUACGGACGCUGUUGGAUCACGAUUUCAAUACAUGAUGUUUUUGAACCUACGACUAUGGAAAGCAGCACGUGAGUUGUUGCAUGUAAUGUAUUCGACGUCUUUGGUCACCAAUCUCAAGUAUAGACGCAUCAUGUCGAGCCAAUACAUGGAAAUAUACACGGGUGCUACUGAUCAAUUUCUAUCACUAGAUAGAGAGCCCGAUUAUAACAUCAUGUUCAGUCUUUCAAUGCAACUUUUUGCAAGUCCGCGCAAUUCUGAAGCGAUUAUCAAAGAAGGUGGUUUCAUCUCAAUACUUUCUGCACUAUUUGUGUUUUUGACAUCGGAACAGAUACUGGAAGAGACACUCGAAAACAGACAGAGCUAUGAGAUUUCCAUCAGAAGUUUACGCAACAGACGAUGGGGCCAGCUUUUUCUUGAUAUUGGAUUCAUUGUUGGGAGAGGCAAAGACUUUUAUGAUGUUUCCAAUGAAGAUAUUGCAUGUGCAGUUUGUGAUCUAAUGGUUCUUUUCCAAGGCAGGCCAGUGAUCAAGAGAGAAAAGAAUAAUCACGUUGAGUAUGAAAACCCCGAUUACACGACAUUUUUCAACUCGGUGCUGGUUAUUUACAAGUUUGGAGAGUUAAGUGCCCUGACACUUAACAGCUCGUCUAAUAACGAGAACACCAGAUGCGAGAGAGCAUUGAGUGCAAUCGAAUAUACCAUUGCGUAUUUGAUUACGUUGGAGUUUCACAAACUAGGAGGUAUAACUUAUGAAAAUACUGAUAUAAAGGCUCUUACUCAAAGGAAAACCAUUAUGGAGCCAAUAACUAGGAAGUUUUUGCCAGCUUCAAACAUGGACGACGAUAAUGUUAGCUUUCUUCAUCCCUUGCACUCAUACAUCUGCUCAUUAGUUGAACGUGGCCAGUUUCAAAAUUGGGAUGGUCUACUUGAAAGGUUUGCAAAAGUUGGAUCGAAAAUGGGUUUACCAGAGUCCUUCUCGAUUGAAUCCUUGAUUUUUGACUACCCUAUAAAAACCCUAGUGCUUGUAUCGCAAAUAAAAUGUGGCUACUGGGUUCGAAAUGGGUUCACAGUGAAGUCACAGCUACACAUGUACAAGAACACUGGGUUACGUGAGUACGGGUAUAUGAAGGACUUAUUCAUGAUCCAAAUAUUUAGCAAUAUGUGCUCUCCUGAUCUAGUCGCAUACAUGAUUUUUGACCGGUGGUCGCUUCAAGGGGCUUUUUUGGCGAAUGAUUCACCCUAUGAUGCACAAACAUUGCCCUUUAUUCUAGAGGAGUGUGCUACUUUUUUUAUACACUUGAUGACAGAAAAUUCAGCAUUGAAGGGACUUUCAGAAUCCGAGUUAAAUAAACUUAGAAUCAAGAGGGAGAUAGUUCACCACUUGUGCUUCAAACCAUUGAGUUACAAAACAUUAUGCUCAUGUAUAUCCGAAAAGCUGGUACUUGAUAAACGUUUUGAGAUAAUCUUGAAUGAAAUGACAAACUAUACCAAACCAAUGGGAAGCAACGAUUCUGGAGUUUUUGAGCUCAAGGAAGAGUAUCUAGAUGAAGUAGAUCCAUACUACUUCAACUACACAACAAAUAUGAGAGAUGACGCCUUGAAAUUUGUUAAAGAAAGGAUACACAAGAAGUCGGGUAAACCGAUGGAUAGCGUCGUCAUAGAACCCCAUUGCAACGUUGAUGAUGUUUUGGAUAUUUAUACAUGUUGCGGAAAUGUGUCUAGAUCUGUUCAUUUUACCACUUUUUCGCUCAAGGUCUUAGAUUUCGUUUUAAAAAAAGAGUUUGACAAGGUUGAGAGUUUAACGGAAACAGUUUUACACUUGAUACACAUUUGGUCAUUGGAGAGUGCAAUUGAUACGAGUCAGCGCGUGCCGUCUUCUACUCAAUUUGUUUCAGUUCCUGCUGGUACUCCUGAGUCCAUUUGCGUACUAUUAAGUCGAUUCCUUUUGGAUGAAAAGUACAGAUCAGUCCAUGCAAAGAUACGAGCGAUAUUAAAUCAGCUAUACCGAAAAUAUUCAAAUCUUGAGAGUACUGUCAACAAUCAAUUGGAGGUAUGUGAAUCCGGCGCAAUUGCAACCAAUGCACAACAUGAUAUUAUAGAAGAAGACGUGAUGGCAAAAAAGAAAAAGCUCGCCAAGUUGAGACAGCAGAAAUUGCUAAACAAAUUCAAGAAACAACAAUCCAAGUUUUUAGAGCAGAAUCAGGAUAGUGCAAGGGAGUGCAGUGACACUGAAAUGGACGAAGAACAAUCAAAUACUUCUUUGUGCUUACAAGACGACCACUGUAUCUUGUGUCGAAAUACGAACGGCGACCUAGGACCGUUUGGUAUCAUUGCCCACAUUGGAAAGUCAUCCACAUUUAGAAAUGUUCCAUUCGAGAGCGAAUUUUGGUUUUUGAAAGCGUUUUCAGAUUCAGCUAAUUUGAACGGCAAUAUCGUCACACACAACGAAACGCACUCUGACACUUGGAAAAGAUUUAUGUUGAACGUGAAGAAUAGCAAUCCCUUUGGACCAGGUUUUGACAUUAGUGACUGUGUGGAAAGUAAGUUAACAGCUCUGAGCUGUGGCCAUGGAAUGCAUUUCAAAUGUUAUCUAGACCAUCUUGACAGUAACAGAGCAAGGCAGAGUCAGGUUACUAGAAACACACCAGAGAACCCUCAACUGAAGGAAAUUCUUUGUCCAUUGUGUAAAGCAGUCAACAACGUAUUUAUUCCUAUAUUUGGCACGAAUGAAAAGAAAAGUAUGGACGAUAUAUCAACCAUAAACGGCACGCAGCACAAGCAUCACAAUCCAAUCGAUGAAGAGCAGAUUGCACAAUUAAUUGAGUCACAAUUCUUGAACUUUACGGUGCCAUGUCUGCCAGAGGGUCGCACCUGGUUAACUUGGUUGAAAAGGAAUUAUGACGAUGCCAAUAUGUCAUGGAGAGGCAUUUUAAACUCAAUCAACCCAAUCACUUUCCCCAAGUCUUUUGAUACGGCGUUGCCAAUGAUUUUAUGCAAUACCAUAAAGUCGUCAGAAAUUGCCUUACGUGGUGUUGAAUCAAAAGGCAGGCCAGUGUUUAAGCAGAUACCAAGCAAAUCACUCGCUGUAAUGAAAGCCCUACAUGAGUUGCGCUCGUUGAUGCAAUUAGAGGAAGUAGAGUCUGAAUUCAAACUCACUGAAAAUGCUUUGGCAAAAACAUUGGCAAGUAUUUUAUCCUUAUCGCCAAGUGGAAUCAACGAAACCAUCGUGGAAGCAGACUUUAUGGACUUAUUGGUUGAAGUAUACCCAUUACCGAUAUUGAACCUCAAUUUUAAUAUUGUCUUGAGGGUGACAUUUGUUGGUCAUGUUAUACAAUGUUUGAAUGUGUUGGUAGAAGAGUUAAAGGUCGUUAUUCUUACCAAUACAUGGCAAUUUAGUAUUCAUGACGUUCCUAGGCUCAUGGAAGUAAGUUCACUGGCAUUGGAGGGGGUGGUAAAAUGUUUUGAUAUUUUGGGGGGAGAAGCCAUUACCGCUCGAGGUGGUGCCAUUGCGCAAGUAUUAUACACUAUGUUGGUGAAGUCCGUGACACCAUUUUUGCGCAGGGCUGCCAUAUACGCCUCCUUGCAGUGUUCAGAAACAGAAAAUUCAGAACCUAAUCGCAAAUUAACCUUAGAAGCAGAUGAUUUAUGCACUUUCAUGCGUAUACCUACAAUCUCACAAAUACUCCAAAUUUUGACUGAUCCAAGCUCAUGGGAAGGAAAGUUGUUGCAAAACUUUGCUUCUACCCACCAACUGGAGGUUAAAAGAGCGAUAUCUCACCAUAAAUUGGAGUAUCCUGGAAUCUUUAGAUUGAUUGAUUUGCCUGAGAGACUUGAUAAUUUUUUCACUCAAUACUAUUACCUGGAGAAGUUUGGUAAGCCGUAUCAACUGAUAGAGGAUCCUGCAAUUUGUUUGUUCUGUGGUACCGUUGUUGAUUUACAGAAACAAGCAGCGGGAACUGGUGAGGGCCAGUGUACAACACAUUAUUCAAGAGAAUGCUCCAGUGAGGACGGCAUGUUUCUACUUCCGAAGGACAGGGUUAUGCUAUUACUAAACAAAUUUAAAGGCUCGUUCCACAGCGCCCCCUAUUUGGACGAUCAAGGGGAAUUGGCUGAUGAAAACAAAAAGAGCAAAACUUUGCAUUUGAUGGAACCGCGGUAUGAUGAUUUUAUUAGAAAUAUUUGGUUGGAACACAAUGUUGCGAACUAUAUUGCCAGAAAUUUAGAGAGCGUUUUGGACCCAGGUGGGUGGGAAACUUUAUAG